AUGUCUGGGGCUGCUGUCAAUGGUGUAAAUGUUAUCAAGAAGAGCACCGUUCAUAUAUAUAGGGACUGCUUGAGACUGGCAAGAUACAUUGGUGAGAUGAAUGGAUUCACAAAGAACAUUCACUUGCACAUUGCCAGAUCAUUCAGAGAGCACAAGAACGAGGCUGAUCAGGAAAAGAUUGAGGAGUAUAAGACAGAUGCCACAAGAUUCAUUACCAACUUUAUGCAACACGAGGCAGAGAGAUUGGCUCGUCAGGAGAAUGAUAAGAAGCAAAAGAUUGUCAAGCCAUCACCAACAUUGGAUUAA